AUGGCGCAUCUGAUUGCAAAUGGAAUUGAAGCCAGUGGUGUUGCAGUUAAAAUUCGAACGGUGCCGAAUAUUGCGGCUGUGGUGAAGGAAGCAGAGCCGAGUAUUCCUGCAGAAGGCGAUAUUUAUUGUAGUUUAGAGGAUUUGGAAAACUGUGCAGGUUUGGCGCUAGGCUCACCAACCCGCUUUGGUAACAUGGCCUCUGAAAUGAAAUAUUUCCUCGAUCAAACCACCAGUCUUUGGCUCAAUGGAGCUUUGCAUGGCAAGCCUGCUUGUGUGUUUACCUCAUCAGGUUCGAUGCAUGGUGGCCAAGAAAGUACUUUGUUGACCAUGCUGCCACCGUUGUUUCAUCAUGGCAUGAUAAUUUUAGGGUUGAACAAUGCUAUUCCAGCAUUGUCACAUACUAAAACAGGGGGAACACCGUAUGGCGCCAGCCAUGUCAGCGGGCCUCGACAUGAUCAGCACUUAAGAAAAGAUGAAAAAGUGCUAUGCGAAGCUCAA